AUGGAUUCCGGCUCACUUAAGAUCUAUCAUGUACACGGCUAUGAUUCAAGACAAUAUCUGGAGAAUUACUUUUCAGAUAAAAAAGAAAUGGUCUUUGGAGACGACUCCUUGAAGUUUCCCCUUGAAAAUUUUACGAAAAUGUUCACGGUGGGUCACAUUAAUGGAGAUGUUCUCAUUGACCUAAGUGUUAGUUCCUUUGUUCAUCAUCUAUAUUCGGCCUGUGAGUUUUUCCAACACAUCAUAGUCCUGAAGGCCAAUGACAGAUGCAUCAUGGAGCUGAAGAGAUGGCUGAACGCACGUACUGGAGCAUUUGAAUGGGGACAUGCAACAAAACUUCAUGGAGAGAUAGAAGGAAACAGUGACCAGUUUCAGGACAAAGAAGGAAAAGUGAGAUCAACCGUUCCACAUGUUAUGAAAUGUGACCUUGAGAAGGAAAAUAUGACGGAUCCGAUAGAUUUACCACCAGCAGAUUGUAUCAUCAGCGUUUUGCUCCUUGAUAGUAUCUGCAAAGACCAAGAUGAUUAUAGGAGAUAUCUCAGGAAGUUCUCAAAGAUUCUGAAACCUGGAGGACACCUCAUGUUAAUUGGGUGUUUAGAAAUGACAUAUUACACUGUGGAGAAAGACAAGUUCCAUGGUUUCACAUAUGAUGAAGAUUUUGCCAGGAAAGCUCUAGCUGGAGAAGGAUUUGUUAUAGAUUACUCUAAGGUUCAGAAAAGAACAAAUGUGAGUAACCUUACUGACUAUAAGGCCAUGAUAUUCAUUGCAGCUCACAAGGAGAAAUAG